AUGAAACCAUUUUACUGGCUCGUCUUAGACAGCGUGAGCGUCGGCAACAAAACUUUCCCGCUCCAGCGAUCUUCCCUUGAAUUCUACAGCUAUGGCAACAUUAUAAUUGAUUCAGGGAUGACAGUGACACACCUCCCAUCUGAUGUGUUCGAUAGUAUGAAAUCGGAAUUGAUGAAACAGAUCCAGGAGACUCCGAUAGAUGAUCCUCAAGGCUUUUUCGGGUUGUGCUUCUCAAGUGUAAAAAUUAAAGUGCCCAAAAUUGUAGCACAUUUCGUGGGAGGGGAUGUAGAGUUGUCACCUCGGAGAUUAUUCGAACAAGUAGAAGAAGGUAUCUCUUGUCUCACAAUAGUUCCAAGUUAUAUGGAGGGUGUAUCCGUCUUCGGUAUUAAGUCCCAGGUAGACUACCUUGUUGGCCUUGAUUUGGAAAUGAAUGCAGUCGCCUUUAAGCCUGCUGAUUGUUCCAAAUUUUGAGCAUUUCAAUUCAGUUGGUUUUGUGUUUUGGACUAUAGUAGUCAUUAAUUGAAUAAGUUUUAUAACAUCAUUUUAAUUAAGAGU